CGGCCAUUGAUGUUGACGCGUCAUUUCGGUCUCUUGAGGAAUGCUUCGAAACGUUGGAAAAUGUGUUAAAUUGAGUUGGGAACCCAAGCAAAAAAGUUGCUUGAAGGUGCAAGGACUGCUUUGGGAUAUAUCGAUGGGCUCUUUGUUUCUGUUGACUUUGAUAAUUGGCUCGAUGUCUUCUGGUGGCUAUUGUUUCUCUCAAUCAAUGUCCUGCAGUACCGUCAAUGGUCGGACUGUUUGCGAGCGGCAGGCCAGUGAUGGAAACGUUGCUGGAGCAUUUGCAGGAGCUGUCUCAGGACAAAAUGGCGCUUUUCAAGAUGCAGCCGCCAUGACAGGCGACACUCAUUCAGGCCAAUCUCAAUCAUCUCGGACGACAGUAGGUCGCAACCCCUCUGGAAACUCAGGAGAUAAGAAUUUUCCUCCAAAUGCCAAUCCAUUUUGGUCAGCUGGUUCUAAUGAUCCACCUGGUGUGUUUAAUCCUUUUGACACCGUUAAGAAAAUGCUUAAUUCCUUUGGUGUCGGUGAUGGAUUCCCUUUCAACGUUUUCGGAAGACGUUAAAUCAAGAUUGGUAAUGAGCUCUUGUGGUCAGAAACUGAAAACUGGUCCGAUAAUAUAUAAUACAUCUAUAGAAAAUAGUUUGUUAAUUAUUUUUCGAUCUUAAUUAAAAAAAGAAAUUUGUUUAAGC